AUGGAUCAUAACGAUACAGAGAAAUAUAAAUUUGACUAUCGAAGUGUUGAUCCUUCGUUGAAAGAGGCUUUAGAGUUCAGAUCUGAGAGAGUUGAUAUAAUUAAUGCUAACCCUGAUUCUAAAACCUUUGUGCUUUGGUUUAUAAUAUCAUGUUAUUUCCCUGUCAUCACGGCAUGUAUGGGACCAAUCGCUAAUGCUUUAUCAGUUGCAUGUGCAGUUGAAAAAUGGAGAGAGAAAUGGGAAAUUGUUGACGGUUCAUAUGUAUCAUAUGAAUUGGAUGAUCCUGCUGUUAUUUUUACUUUAAAUAUUAUAUCAUUUGUUAUAGGUAUUUGUUCUAAUGGCGUAUUGAUUCUGCAUUUUGCUCAAAAGGUCAGUUAUCAAACUUCACAAAUCAUAAAUAUAACAGGUUGGACUGUUUCGGGGCUUCUGUUGUUAGUGGAUGUGGUCGUUAGCUCAAUAAGAUAUACUUAUCGAUAUGACUAUCACUUAAAUAUUGGAUUUUGGUUUGCAGUCAUUACAUGUGCAUUAUAUUUUUGUUGUGCAUUGGUGUUGUCUUUGCAUUAUGUUGGUUACAAAUUGAGAAAGUAUCCAGCUAGGUUCAAUCUAGUGAAAAAUGAAAGAGCUGUGAUGGUUUUUACAGUAUUGUUUUCGAUUUGGUUAAUAUGGGGAGCGGGAUUAUUUUCUGGUUUACUACAUAUCAAUUAUUGUACUGCAAUGUAUUUUUCAGUAGUCUCUUUAUUAACAGUUGGUUUAGGUGAUAUUUUACCAAAAACAGUGGCUGCUAAAAUCAUGAUUUUAGUAUUUUCGUUAUCAGGUGUUCUUCUACUGGGUUUGAUUAUUGUCAUGACAAGGGAUAUUAUACAAGGAUCAAUUGGACCAAUAUUUUAUUUCCAUAGACUAGAAGAAAGCAGAAUUAUAUUGACAAAAAAAAUACAUAAUAAAGAACUUACUGUUAAUUCAACAAAAGAUGCAUUUAGGCAUAUGAAUAGAUUACGGAAACAGUCUAAACGGAAACAAGUACUGUUUUCUUUGCUUUUAACAAUUUGCAUAUUUAUUACCUUCUGGUUGUUAGGAGCAGUGGUAUUCAUGUUUGCAGAAAGCUGGUCAUAUUUUAAUAGCUUGUAUUUUUGCUUCUUAUGUUUAUUGACAAUUGGUUAUGGCGAUUUUGCGCCAUCGACGGGUGCUGGUAGAGCAUUUUUUGUAAUAUGGGCAAUUUUAGCUGUUCCACUUAUGAGUGCUAUUAUAAGCACUGUGGGUGAUACAUUAUUUACUUUAGCUCAAAAGUUAGAUUUUACAUUGGGUAAAAGAAUAUUCCAUCAAGACUUAAAAGCACUUGUUAUAUCCAACACCUAUUCUAAUUCUAAAAGUAUUUUACGAUUUAAGACAGGGGAGCUUUUCACUGCAACCAAUCUCUCCGAUGUUUUGCUUGAAGAAAUCGAUGACGACAACGACAAUAGUAAUGAAGAUAUUGUUGAUGGUUCUGGGUCCGGGAAUUCAUUGAAUUCAAAUGUCAGCAAAGCUGAGAAUAACUCCUUGACGAAUCAAGGUUCACAGCAGAAUUCUAAUACAACAUCUGAUUCCUGUGCUUUGUCAAUAAAACCGAAAACCCAUUUCAUUCCUUAUCAUAACAUAGAGAAUCCUAAUUUGAACUCAGAUAGAGUAGUGAUCCUAACACAGGAGGAAACUCAUGAUAGGCUGCUGAAACUGCAAGAAUUACUUAGACAUUUUUCUGACAUUCACAAUAAUAGAGUUAAUGAUCAUAAUUGUAGAUUAUCGUAUAAUGACUGGAAAGCGAUUGCUGAAGAAAAUUUGCUAGAUACUCAAGACUGUUUGCCUCAGGAUACAAGUGGACAAUUGCAUAUUGAUCCAAUGUUUUGGGUAUCCUCAAACACCCCGUUAAGAUUUCCAAUUGAUGAAUCAAGGUUUGCAAUGAGUAAACUAUUUAGAAAAAUGGUAUCACUGACAAAUGAAUUAAUCGAUUCAGAGAAUUGCAAAAUAGAAAAUGAUAAAAGUUGUAACAGUAGUAGCAUUGAAUCAAGUCCUAUCAGUACCAAUGAUGACACUUUCAAUUCUACCCAUGAGAAUAACAUUGAGAUGGUAUUGAUAUGA